AUGUUUACAGUAAUUGUGUCGCUAUCAAUUUACCUACGACCUUGUGACCUCUGAGUUGGCAUCGGGUGGCAUCGGCGUGCCCAAGCCCAACCCGGCACGGUGCGUGGCCGACUAACAAAACAGAGGGAGCUAGUUGCCCCCUGAACGCAUGUCCGAGCCUGCGCAGUCCGCGCACGUCGCCCGGGCCUUUCAGUGAAUGAACUGCGGCCGCGGGGAGCGCACGCCUGCCGCCCGCCGACCACAUCGGACCCCAAAGAGCCUGAUAUGAGUGACGUUGAGUGCUGUGUGUAGUGAUAGUGUGAUGGUACGCGCGUGAGUGACGCUAUGGCCGCGCGCUCGCUGGAGCCCGGCCACCACCGACUAUGUGCGGCGUCGUAGGCGAGCGCGCGCUCGGUCGCCGCUGGAGGCGGGGCGCGGGUGUCGGCGCGGGCGGCGGCUCGCCCAGUUGACAGCAUGCUCAUCGCGCUCAACGACUCCAACCUCACUGACCUGGCGCUCGGCCCCGACCUGCCCACCAGCCCCUACAGCCUCGCGCAGAAGAUCAUCAUCGCCAUCAUAGCCAGCGUGCUCUCCGUGCUCACUGUCGUCGGCAACUCCAUGGUCAUGAUCAGCUUCAAGAUCGACAAGCAGCUACAGACCAUUAGCAACUACUUCUUGUUCUCGCUCGCCGUGGCUGACUUCGCUGUGGGCCUGAUCUCGAUGCCGCUGUACACGAUGUUCACGAUCUACGGCUACUGGCCUCUCGGGCCUCACGUGUGCGAUACGUGGCUCGCGCUGGACUACCUCGCGUCGAACGCCUCGGUGCUCAACUUGCUCAUCAUAAGUUUCGAUAGGUACUUCAGUGUGACGCGGCCGUUGACCUAUAGGGCUAAAAGGACUACACGAAGGGCGACGAUGAUGAUAGGGGGAGCUUGGGGGUUCAGUUUGCUGUUGUGGCCGCCGUGGAUUUACGCGUGGCCGUACAUCGACGGCGAGAGGAAAGUGCCACCGCACGAGUGUUACAUUCAGUUCAUAGAGACGAACCAGUUCAUUACGUUCGGGACAGCCAUCGCGGCGUUCUAUGUGCCAGUGACUGUCAUGUGUAUACUGUACUACAGGAUAUGGAGGGAGACCAAGAAACGGCAGAAGGAUCUGCCCAAUCUGCAAGGAGGGAAGAAACACGAUUCCUCUAAGAGAUCUAAUUCUAGUGACGAGACGAGAGAAGUGGACGGCCGCACGAGGUCCGAGUCUGGUGAUGCGGAUUCCGUGUACCACGUGCGAGGCGCACUCCACGACCAGAGGUGGAGAGAUAACCAGGCAGCAAACGCGCGUCGUCCACAACGAGGCUGGGCGGCAGUGAGAGCGUGGUGCGUCGCCUGGUGGCACUCCGGCAGGGAGGAUGUCGAGGACACGGAGCCUGAGGAGGAACCUUCAGACCCUGGGUACGCCACCCCAGUGUCUGUUGAGACGCCGCUACAGAGUUCCGUGUCCAGAUGCACAUCGCUAAAUGUCAUCAGGGACCCUUAUGCGUCUCGUGGUGGUGGAUCUAGCGGUUCAGGGGGUGACGGAGGUACCUCCCCCCUCCGCCGAACCUAUGAACCACCCUCAAACAUUCCCGCAGCCCGCGACAGUCGCUCUCUGCCUCCUAACACCAGAAUCAACGCAACUACCUCACCAGCACCCAAAUCUGCGUCCGCAGACUCAGUAUACACCAUUCUUAUUAGACUACCCGAUGCUGAUACUGAACGACCAACGAUCAAAAUGAUCACAGAGGAAUCUCCACCUUCUAAUACAAGAACACAUUUCCGACCCACUAGAGGGGAUUCCGAGCUUAAUCUCCAUCCCGCUGGUCAUCAAGCGUUGACUAGGAGAACUUCACAUAUACAAGACGUUAGAAUCCCCUUAAACGCCAAAAUAAUACCAAAACAGUUGGCAGGGAAGGGUAUAACUAAACAGCCAAAACCAAAAAAGAAAACACAAGAGAAAAAGCAGGAGACGAAAGCGGCGAAAACGUUGUCGGCCAUCCUUCUGUCGUUUAUAAUCACUUGGACGCCUUACAACAUACUGGUGUUGCUAAAGCCACUGACGGCGUGCACUAAGUGCAUUCCUGACGAGCUGUGGUCCUUCUUCUAUGCUCUUUGUUACAUAAAUUCUACGAUUAACCCUGUGUGCUACGCCCUCUGUAACGCCACCUUUAGAAGAACGUACGUGCGGAUUCUGACGUGCAAGUGGCACAAUAGGAAUAGGGAAGCAAUGACUAGGGGAGUGUACAAUUGAAUUGUGAUGAGCUUCGUACUUUGAAUGAUUGUCUCGACGGUGCCAAAAUGUUAAUUGCCCAAUUUUGGUAACCGUUUAAGUUUUGUUUGUUGUCGUGCAAAACAAUGCUGGUAAUUGGAGAACGGAGUUUCGUUUUCAGAAUAUGGGGAUAUGUGCCAAAUAUUUCAAGUUUCUGUUACGAGCAUUGGCACGUUUCAACUAAAAACUCUUUAAUUUCUAAUCCUUCCUAAAAUGAGAACUAAAAUGGACUGCUAAUAAAAAGUGGUAAAAUCCAUGUUUAGUGUGUGAAAGUAAAAGUUUAUUUUUGUCCAUUGAAACGAUUAGUUGUGAAUUUUAAUUUCGAUUAGUGAGUUGACCGUCCCGUCCAUACAUAGUAUAUUAUUUGUAGACUUAGAUACAUUUGUUUUGAUUUUAGUUUGCGUUCAUUAAGAAUAUUUUAUUUCGGACGUUUUUUGUGAUGUGCAAAGCAU